AUGCUAGGUCUUAACAGGGGCGAUGUGGCUGGAAUAUGGAGUUGUAAUUCAUAUAGCUGGAUGCCCAUUGUAUACGCGUGUAGCAAAUUGGGUAUUGUUUUGUGUCCAAUCAAUCAGGCGUACAAAUAUCAAGAAUUGGCAAACGUGUUAAAAUUAGCACAGAUUAAGUUACUAUUUAUGCCCGGUUUAAAUAGUUCCCAGGAUCAUGAUGAUGAUGAUCCGAUAAUAUUGCAACAUAUUAUUUCAAUUUGUGGCCAGGAUAAUAUAUUGGAUAUAUCCAGCGCUCAGGUGUCGCCCGAAGAUCCAGCUUUUAUAUUAUUUACCUCGGGAACUACAGGAAAACCUAAAGCAGCAUGUUUAUCUCAGUUUAGCUUUGUGAUCACAAACUGCAUGCACAGUAACAGUCAAUUGGUGAACACAUUAACUCGAUACAAAUGCACCGACAUGUUUGCCACACCAGUAAUGGUGUCAGAUAUGUUGAGUUAUUUGGAAAUCAACAGGGUUUGUUUGCCAGACUUGUAUGGCAUCACCAUGGUUGGUUCACCAGUGAGCAAUGAGUUAGCCACUCGCAUUCCGCUGGUUUUACCUAGAUGCACCGGUGCUCGAGUUUGUUAUAGCAUUACUGAAACAAGUGAAUUGUUAACUCGUGGAUUUAGCCAGAUGCUUUAUUACUGGCGCGAUGAAAUUAAAACCAAGGAGGUAAUUGAUAAUAAUGGCUGGUAUAUUACCGGCGACAUGGCGGUAAUGGACGAGCAUGGUUAUUUAAAAAUAUGUGGUCGUAUUAACGACAUGAUAAUUGUUGGCGGCGAGAAUGUCUACCCACAAGAGGUGGAAGAUGUUUUACGGAAACACUAUAUGGUUAACGAUGCAUACGUUAUUGGUGUGCCCGAUAAUAAAAAAGGUGAAGAGAUAUGCGCUUGGAUAAGAUUGAAUCAGCUUGAUCAUAUGCCCAAAGAGAAUGCGUUGAGAUUGUUUUGUGAACACAGGAUGGCUAAAUACAAAGUGCCCAGUAUCAUCGACUGGAAAAGUGCAAAAUAUUCAUACGCUUAUGGCAAUAGUGAUCAUGGUCUAAAAUAUUUGCGUGCUACCGAUGUGCUGGACAGAAUAACUUUAUCAAGCCUUAAGCGUGGAGAUGUUGUUGGCAUGUGGUGCGGAAAUGCAUAUAGCUGGAUACCAUUAUUUUACGCGUGCGGAAAACUAGGCAUAAUACUUUGCGCAAUUCACCCAACAUAUAAAUCCCAAGAACUGGACCAUGGUACCACAGGGAAGUCUAAAGGAGCGUGCUUGUCGCAAUUUACCAUGGCGCCAUUCUAUCAUGUGCUAGGCAUGGAUGGCAUUAUGGGUAUUUGCGCGCAUCCAACGACUCUAGUUGUACCAAGCUGCAGAUACAGCACUAGCAAUAUGGUCGCUUCGAUGAUCAAGCACAAAUGUACAGACAUGUGGGCCAUACCAACUAUGCUGUCAGAUAUGUUGUCCAACGUUCAAAGCAAGCAAAUUAAUCUGGUACAUUUGCGGAGCGGUGGAUUUACCAUAUCAAACUUUAAUGACACCAAUGAACAUCGCCUUGGUACCAUAGGUCGACCAGUUGAAAAUCUGGAAGCUAGAAUUGUCGAUUCAAACACGGGCAACAUAGUCAAAGUUGGUGUGGCUGGUGAAAUUCAAGCACGUGGUCAUAGCCGCAUGAUUGGUUAUUGGCGUGAACCUGAAAUGACCAAGGCCGCAUUUGACGAACGCAACUGGUACAAAACUGGCGAUAUGGGUACAAUGGACGAGCAUGGCUAUAUUAAGAUUGCUGGCCGAAUAAAAGACAUGAUCAUUGUUGGCGGUGAAAACGUUUACCCACAGGAGUUAGAGAAUUUACUUCGCGAACACCAUGAUGUCCUAGAUGCUUAUGUAGUUGGCGUUCCGGAUAAACGCAAGGGCGAGGCUAUAUGCGCGUGGAUUCAAUUAAAACACCACGAUAUGGCACCUUACAAAGUACCAAGAUGUUAA